GGAGAGACCUCAAAGAUAAUCCCAAUCAAUUCCUUCAUUUUACACGUAUGGAAACAGAUGCCCAGACGUGAGGAAGGGCCUAGACCAAGAUCACCCAGAGAAUACACCGAAGCUAGAAUUGGAACACAGAUCUCGACGUCUGCUCCAGGGCAAGUCCGCAAGUCCGCUUGCAAGGCGACUCCGCCCCCAACUUCCAGCCCCCGCCCAUCCUCCUUGCCUAUCUGUCUGCAAGAGUCCCCCUCGCGUCCCCCCACGCCUCAUCCCCAGAGAUGACGGCAAGCAAGCGCGCGGCGAAGGAGUUGGAGGCGCUGCAGGAAAACCUUCCGAGUUACCUUCGGGACCUGUGCAGUGAAAAUUCCAAUGUGCUCAUAUGGAAUGCGUUGCUCCUCCCGGACCAAGAGCCCUACAACCUUAGGGCUUUCAAGUUUAGAAUCACCUUUCCACGUAACUACCCCUUCAGCCCUCCCCAGCUGAAUUUCAUAACCAAGAUUUAUCACCCCAAUGUGGCUGAGAAUGGAGAGCUGUGCUUGCCCAUCCUCAGUGAGAACUGGACGGCCCGUACCAAAAUCUGUCAAGUGCUGGAGGCUCUCAUCUCACUGGUGAACACACCUAACCAAGGUCUACCACUUCAGGUAGAGCUUGCUGACAUGUAUGUUCAGAACCCAGAGCAAUUCAUGAAGAAUGCCAAGGAAUUCACUCUUCAGUUUGGAGAAGAUCGGCCUACUAGCCAGUGAUCCUGGUUGUGUCCUCCCCUUUCUUCUACUUGACUUUUCCACAGAGAACCACUUGUCUGAUGAAUGGACAUGCCCUCCUGGAUAGGGAAAGCUCCCUUGAUUCUAGUUUCAGGAUCUGGGCCUGCUUAGGAAAAUGGCCUACGGGGGCCAGAAAGAAGAUCUUAAAGGGCAGGCCUGGGUGUUAUGGGGACAGAGAUGUAUGUGUAUGUAUGUGGGGAAAGCUUAAAACACUCAGCUGAAUUCAGCAAUUCUGCUGUUGGAGAAGGCGCAUUUUGGUUGCUUCAUUUUCUCUCUCUUUUUUUUCUAUUAGACUAAUCAAUCUUCUAGCUCCAGAAGUUGAGUUUUCCAAUACCACUGCUGAUCUCUUGCCAUCAUGCCCUCUCUCAUCCCUCAUCCAUAGAAGGGAUUCUUCCCAUCCCUCACCUUUUCUCCUUUUAAAGUUCUUCCCUUCCUUCAAGGCCCAGCACAGAUGUCUUCUCCUCCAAGAAACCUGCCCUGACUCCUUUCUCCCAUACCUGACAGCAUUUUGCCCAGAUCUCUGUCUGUCUGUCUGUCUCUCCCUUGUAUCAUGAUGCUUCCUGAACUUGCCCCUUCUCCCUCCCCCAGUAGCAGACUUCAAGGGGACCAGGUACUCCUAGGAUCAAAGAUUUAGGGAUAAAAUUGACCUUAGAGGCCAUCUUCUUCGAUGCUGUCAUUUUACAGAUGAAGGCCUAGACAAUGUAAAGGGAGCUUCCUGCUGUCACACAGUUAGGAAGGAAGUGGGAGGAACAGAUUUCUGGAAAGAUCGGGGGAGAAUCACAGCCUAUAAGAAGAUGUUUAAGAGACUGAUCAUGAACCCUCAUGGGGAAGGGAGGAGGCCAAAGGUUCAUGAAGCAUUAGUCCCAUCCCUGCCCCAUGUCAUAUGUAUCUUUGUAUCAGCAACUCUGGGUCUUGUAUCUUGUAAGUGACUAAAAAACAUUUUUUUGGAA